GUCGUCCUCCUCAAAUCCGGCGCCUUCUCCGGAAAGAUCGCCGUCAUCGUAGAGAUCAUCGACCACAACUGCGCCAUCAUCGACGGCUCAACAACGGGUGCUCCCCGCCAAUCCUAUCCCUACAAGCACCUCUCCCUCACUCCCCUCAAACUCUCAGACCUGCCCCGAGCAGCUGGUCCGCAAAGAGGUUGA